AUGAAACAAUUGAUCUUGGUCUUGUUCAUAUUUCUAGAAAGAGUCAUCCACAUCAUGAGUAUUAAUGAAAAUGAAUUCAAGGAUAUCGCACAGUCCACAAAUAUAGAACUUCUUCCUUUACAUAAUAGAUCAAAACAAUCAACUCCACAACCUCAUCUAGUUAAAAUUGAAAGUUCAACACCUCAAUUACCAUUAUCAGAUCGUCCUCAAUUCUUCAUCUUAGUAUUAUUAUAUUUAUUACAAGGUACACCUGUUGGACUAGCAUUUGGUUCUAUCCCAUUUUUAUUAAAAUCUCAACUUUCUUAUUCUCAAGUUGCUUUAUUUUCAUUAGCUUCUUAUCCUUAUUCAUUAAAAUUAAUAUGGUCACCUAUUGUUGAUGCAUUAUUUUGGAGAAAUUUGGGUAGAAGAAAAUCUUGGAUCAUUCCAGUACAAUUCCUUAGUGGUAUUGUAUUAAUAUACUUGGGGACAAUAAUGGAUCAAUUGAUUUUAAACCCCGAAGAAAAUUUAUCCAAAAUUACAAUGGGUUUUUUCACUUUAGUUAUGCUUUGUGCAACUCAAGAUAUUGCAGUUGAUGGUUGGGCUUUAACUAUCUUAAGUGAACAAGGUUUAAGUUAUGCAUCAACUGCACAAACAGUGGGGAUAAAUACUGGUUAUUUCAUGAGUUUUACUGUGUUUUUAGCUUUAAAUUCAUCAGGUUUUUGUAAUAAAUACCUUAGAUCAUUACCACAAGAUUUUGGUUUAGUUUCUGUUAAUUCAUAUUUACAAUUCUGGGGGGUUGCAUAUAUCUUGGUUACAAUUUAUGUUUAUUAUAAAGUUGAAGAAGAUCCAAGAAGGAAAGAUAGAUUAACAAAUGAAGGAACUGGUUUAAAUGCUCUUAGGGAAGUUUAUCAUUCAAUGUUUCAAGUAUUAAGUUUACCUUCAAUCAAAACAUUUAUAAUUUUACAUUUAAUUUCCAAAAUUGGAUUUUUAACUAAUGAAAGUGCAACAAAUUUAAAAUUACUUGAAAAGGGGUUUGCAAGAGAAGAUCUUGCUAUAACUGUAUUAAUUGAUUUCCCAUUUGAAAUAAUAUUUGGUUAUUACGUUGCUAAAUGGUCAACAGGGAAAAAUCCUCUUACACCAUGGUUAUAUGCUUACCUUGGUAGAUUAUCUGCAGCUGCUUUAGCUCAAGUUGUCAUAUAUUUAUUCCCAUCUUCAGGUCAAGUUACAAAAAGUUAUUUCAUUUUAGUUAUAUUACAUCAUUUAUUAGGUUCAUUUAUGUCUACAAUUCAAUUUGUUUCUAUAUGUGCAUUCCAUACACAAAUUUCAGACCCGUUAAUUGGUGGGACUUAUAUGACUUUAUUAAAUACUAUAUCAAAUUUAGGUGGACAAUGGCCAAAAUUUAUUAUAUUAAAUUUAAUUGAUUUUUUCACUGUUAAAGAAUGUGAUUCCUUGGGUGAAAAUUGUCAAACUAUAAAAGAUGGUUAUUAUAUAACUAAUUGGAUUUGUAUUGGGAUGAGUUUAAUUUUAUAUUCAACUUGGAUAAAGAAAAAAGUUGGUUAUUUACAAAAUUUACCAAAAAGUGCAUGGAGAGUUAAAGAUCCUCAAUAG